AUGGCCGACAACCCCGACGUCCCCAACACACAAAAGGCCUUCGUGCCCCUCGAAAACAACCCAGAAGUCAUGUCCCACCUAGUCCACCAACUAGGUCUCCCCCCAACACUAGGCUUCACAGACGUCUACUCAAUCGACGAACCCGACCUCCUAGCCUUCGUCCCCCGCCCCUCCCAUGCCCUCCUCCUCGUCUUCCCCGUCUCCCAAACCUACGAACAGUCCCGCACAGCAGAAGACAGCAACCUUCCCGAAUACACCGGCUCCGGGCCCUCCGAGCCCGUAAUGUGGUUCAAGCAGACCAUCCGCAACGCCUGCGGACUCAUCGGUCUCCUCCACGCCGUCGCUAACGGCGAGCCCCGCCAACACGUCACGCCCGGUUCGGAUCUGGACCAUUUACUCCGCGAGGCAGAGGUGUUGGAACCCGUUGCGCGGGCGGAUCUUUUGUACGAGAGUAAGGCGUUGGAGAGCGCGCAUGCGGAUGCGGCGAAGCUGGGUGAUACGGCGGCGCCGGAGGCGGAGGAUAAUGUUGAUUUGCACUUUGUGGCGUUUGUGAAGGCGGUUGAUGGCACGCUUUGGGAGUUGGAUGGGCGGAGGAGAGGUCCUUUGGCGCGGGGGAAACUCGGUGCAGAUGAGGAUGCGCUUAGUGAGGCUGCGCUUGAACUGGGAGUGCGCCGGUUUUUGAAGAUGGAGGCGCAAGGAGGGAAUCCUGAUUUGCGGUUUAGUCUGGUUAGCCUGGGGCCUGUCUUUGACUGA